AUGUCAGACUACUACCACAAUCGUGUCAAGGUUGUGAAUCAGCCUUCGCCAAGCUUGAAUGCUGACCAUCGACCUGAUCCCAUUUUGCUUUAUGGUCCAGAAAAAGACAUAGAGACCGCCAUGGAAUCCUCCUCGUUGCAUACUGAGCAGCAUUUCUCUGAGCUGCCUCUGAAAGCUUCCAAUGCGAAAAGAUGGCGUUCUUCACGAAAAACACCUCAAUCUAGCACCGACCUAUCAGACAUGAUUUCACAUCGUCAGUCCAGUAUCUCCGACGGAGACGAUGAUAUGCCAGGCUUAGUUUUCAACAUUCCAGCCGGCUCACGGUCAACCUCCAUUGAUUCUCUGUCCUCGUAUUCACAAAACUCAUACUACACAUCCGAUCCAUUCACAUCGACGGAAGAUCAAAAGGCUCCGAAAGUGAAACGAAGAAUAUCGACUGCACCCACCACCCUGGAUACCAAGCAAGAUACCAGCCACGAAGAAGAUUUUCAUUUGCCACCGCUGGCUCGCAAGCUAUCUCAAACCACAUCUAGGCGAUAUUUACCGCAAAAUCAAGCUAUCUUACAAACCGAUGUUCAAGGCAAAAUCAUAGCCUUCAAUGAAACCGCUGUUUCCUUGUUUGGAGCGAAAACGACGCUACUCAAAAUGCAUGCCCUGGAUUUGCUUGAGAAAGCCUUCAGAACAAAGUACUUUGCAAACUUGCUGGACAAGUUUGCACAUACCCGUUUAGAACGAGAUUCCUCUAAAUCCGUUAAUGUGGAAAAACCAUCGACCACCAUCCUGUUAUGUGGCAAAGUGGUACCAAUUAUAACCAAAGAUCGCACAGAAUCUGUUGCCUCUCUCUGGCUCAAGGAAAAACACGACGGCAUAUCUGAGAUCAUCUACGUGUGGAUAUUUGAAGAGCUCUAUGAAAGCAUGAUCAAUGUUCACAUCAAUACGAAUGGUGUCAUUGAGCGUGUAGAUGGCGACGUAGAGGACCUAUAUGGAUACACUGACUCACAACUUUUUGGAAAGUCCAUCGAAACAUUGAUCCAUGGAUUUGGAAAGAUGCGGCUAGCCAGUGACAGUGGCUUCUAUGAUUUGAUACCCGAUGAACCGGACUCCCGUCAAGAAUUAUUUGUCAAAUCGGAUUGUAGACGGCUAGAUGUAGACAAAAUCAAUUGUCUAAAAUUUUUUGGGAGCCAAUCCGCCACCAGCACUAGCUUCCCGGUCAUGACCAAAGUACAAGAAUCAUAUUAUAACCCAGAUCUUCACAACGUGAAGAUCAUAUCCGUACCCACCAUUGCCGGACCCAUUACCAUUCGGAUGGACGGCACAAUCCAAAGUAGCAACGCCAUGUUCACCAAGUAUCUUUUUGGCUACGAACUGAAUACUCUUCUUGGCGAGAACAUUGCUCGGCUUUUGCCGCAGUUCAGCGUUUUGCUUAUCGGCUUGCAAACUCAACAGUUACUACGUAUGGGGUACAAGUUGAGCCACCCGGUGUGCUACGCCACUUUUCAAAAAUAUAAUUCAUCAUCAGCCUCGUAUUUCGAUCAUUCAUCAACUUGCGAAGGUUACUUUCUUGCCACUCACCGUGAUAGCACCAUGCUGAAUGUUCAAAUGCAAAUCAAGCUUGCAGCUGAAAACGAACUUGUACUGUGGAUUGAAUUCGAUCGAAGUCGACGAGCGCAGUCGUUGCCUAUAGUAGAACCCGAACACACCAAAGGCCAUGUAGGCUUUGAACAACCAUACGAUAUCGACCCUACUCCCAAGCAAAUAAAACGGCCUAAACCGCUGGGUAAUGUCAGUUCUUUUGGUUCGGCAGUCAACAAAGUUGUCCAAGCACAAGAUCCAGUGGACAUGAGCUACAACUUAUCGCCUAAACCAGCUGUGGUGCGAGAAGUUCAAACGCUCCGCAUUGAUGUCAACCAAUUUCUUCCCCGGCGGAUAUCUUACGCCGCGGUGGUGGCCCCGCAUGUCAGCGGCUCCAAUAUACCCAAGUACUCUGCACAAACGUUAAAAACGUGCAUUGACGAUUAUAUCACCCUUGAUUCGUUCGGACAAGGAGCUUAUGGCGUGGUCAAACUCGCACAGCAUAAGACGAAAAAGGACCAACAACGUGUUGUUAUCAAAUACGUUGUCAAAUCUCGCAUCUUGGUCGAUGCUUGGACACGAGAUCGAGUGCUGGGGAUGCUUCCUCUCGAAAUUCACAUCUUACACACCAUGCGGCGGAUACCCCACCCCAAUAUAUGCCAAAUACUUGACUAUUUUGAGGACGAUGAUCAUUACUAUAUUGUUAUGAGUUUGCACGGAGAUGGCAUGGAUCUUUUUGAUUACAUCGAACUGAACCGAGAUAUUAGUCAAAAUCAGGUACGCGCCAUCUUCCGACAGGUGGCGGAGGCAGUGCAGCAUCUUCAUCACAACAAGAUCGUACACAGAGAUAUCAAGGAUGAGAACGUGAUCAUCGAUGGCAACGACCAGGUGCAGCUUAUUGAUUUUGGUAGUGCGGCGUAUGUCAAACCGGACCGCAUGUUUGAAACCUUUUCAGGAACAUUGGAUUAUGCUGCACCUGAAAUUCUCAGUGGAUCGCGGUAUGCUGGACCACCCCAGGACAUUUGGAGUCUGGGCAUACUACUGUAUACGCUUGUGUUCAAGGAAAAUCCGUUCUAUAAUAUCGAACAAGCCAUGUCAAGAGAGCCACCCAAAUUGCUUCAAAUUGCUGCUGGAUGGCAAGGUGCAGCGGAUUUAAUGCAACACAUGCUGAACAGAAGUAUAGACGAUCGACCUACCAUUGAUCAAGUUCUUGCACAUCCCUGGCUGCUGCAAGUGUAA